GCUGCGACAAAGGCGGCCUCUACGCGACUCAACCGCGCGGGCUGCGCGGCUCCCCCAUAAAGAUCGGUUAUUCUUUCGACCUUUUGCGGCGCCUGUCUGACGGGGAAUGCAAUUAUCCAGAAGGUAUUGACAUCUUAGCCGUGGCCAGGAUGAACCGGCCGAACGAUACUCACUUCCACAAGCGCCGCGUGCUCCAGCCCGCGGAAUCUCUGUUGAAGCAGGAGCUACGGCAAUACGUCGCGGCGAGGGAAGAAUGGCUACAGCCGUGGGCCAAGACCGCGACGUUGGCGGCCAUGCGUCGCCUCCAGCUCUCGCCGAGCCCCAACCUCGCUGGGAAUUUCCUCGACGCCGCACAAGACCCAG